UCAUUCUGACGGUCUGCAGGAUGCACCUGUAUAUUCCGCGCAUCAACAAUAAGGUGAGGUUUGACAAAAACAUUCAGGGGAAUCAUGCAGAUAUCAGGACUUUAUUCGUUUUUCUCCUCAAAGAUGAGAGAGAAAAAACACUCGCGGAUAUAACAUCCUCCUAGUGCGACUGAAAAAGACAAACAUCAGCAGCACCCGGAAGAAAACAGAAGCGGAGGAGAGGGAUGGUUGCUUCGUUUGGGCGGUGCAGCUUUUUAAAGACCCAGUAUUAAAAUGCACACGCGAAAUAUUGCAUAUUAAUGUGUUUAUUUGCAAGUAAAAGCCACAUAGUGCUAAUAAACUGCGCAUAUAAAGGGUUUAUCACUGAGCUGGUUUAAUGAUUUUAGAGCUGUCCAUGGUGCUGGAUGGAAAUGUUCUAAUUAAUUAACAUUUUCAGCGUUUUAUUCUAGUUUUUAAAAUGUAAACGUACCUUAUAAAGCCCAUAUGCAGUGUCGAUGUGUGUUACUAUGUGGGCCACAUAGUCACACGGUCAUCCUCGUCUUCGUGCAUGAGGAUAACGUGUGGUUGAUGCCUCGCCCCUCCCACCUUCAUCACUUGAUGUGCAGCUCCAAACGCAGAGCAGCUGAAUCCCUCUGUAACUCUCCGGCUGCUUUCUUUUCUGUAAUUUUUAAAAAAGUUAUUUAAGAUGAAAUUUAUUAACAGAGCAUGUCUGAUGGUCUUAUAAACAAAUUGGUUUGAUUCACCAAGAUGCAACGAUGGAAAAUCCAGAUUUUCUCAUGCCUGCUUCUGUGUGUAUGCAUUUUGCCGAGUAAGUCUGAAUUUAUCUCUUUAUUUUGGAGCUAUUAUGAGUGAUGUGGAUGUACUUUCAUAUGAUCUGCGGUUAAAUUUAGUUUUGAGAGAAUUUUAGGGGAAAACACAACCAGUCUUAGGGCUUUUGACUAUUACCAGAUGACUGUGAUUUUUUAAAUCAAUCCAACUUUUUUGUUUUUAACUUAAAAAAAAUAUAAAUACAAUUUUUAAUAUUUUUCUCUUCAGGUUUUCAGCCUUCUUCCACAAAAUCAGUAACCCAGAAUCAGAAUCUUGCGUCCAGUUGUUAAGGGAUUUAUCAUAAUCCCUCAGACAGUCUUUGUUCCCAGCCCAGGGGCUUUACUGGAACAGCAUUUCAGAGUUAACAUCUGGCGGGACCAAAUAUGUUGUUGACAAGCGAAACAAGCCUAAGCCAUGUAAAAAUGAUGAGGUUUCUAUAUUCAUGAUUAAAUAUCCAGGACAUGUGGAAUAAAUGAGUGUCCUGGGUGAUUUCCUUUUACAAUUUGCACAGUGCAUGAUUGUUAGAUCUAAAUUUUCAUGCUUAUUUUUAAUUAACAAAAACAUAUGUGUGAUACUUUGUUUGAUCAAUCAACAAAUAUUACACAACAGUUGUAGUAUAUGAUGGUGGAUUUGCCUGAUCUCUUUACAGAGCUUUACAGGAGGGGAAUCUGGCCCCCUGUCCCCUCACACCAUCUGUCAUGCAUCAUAUUUAUGUCACCCUUCAUUCCUAUGUCCGCAACCAAAUCACUGCAGUUGCUUUUGCUAUCAAGACAGGAUCUUACCUCAUGGGAAAAUAUGGGAAAGGAAAUUGUAGUUGGUAAGAAGUAAGUUUUGGUGUGUAUUAUGUCUCUCCAAAUUUUAGCCUGUCAUUGCGCUCGUGGGAAAUACGCUCAGAAGCUCCUGAAUGAUCUAUUCGCCAACUACACCAGCGCACUGAGGCCUGUGGAGGACACCAGCAACAUACUGAAUGUGACCCUGCAGGUUACUCUGUCACAAAUCAUCGACAUGGUAACUCAUAACACUACAGGACUGUAUGUUUGAAAUAUAUCUGCUCAGUAUAUUUACAUUUCCUUGAAUACGAUGCUCAGGAUUGGAGUAGAGACUGGAUGAAAUGUGAUCUCUGGUUUUGGGAGGGACUUCACUAACUGGUUAUCAAAUAUAUUGUUUUACUCAGAUUUCUGUAUAUGUUGUCUUUGUGGUAUAAAUAUAACUUCUUUAUGUCACCUGAGUGUCUGAUAACAUCAGUUGUAUGAUGUUUUUUGUAUUUCACAGGAUGAGCGAAACCAAAUUCUGACUGCAUAUUUAUGGAUAAGGCAAGUGUGGGUAGAUGCACACCUGAAAUGGAAUAAAGAUGAUUACGAUGGACUUGAUACCAUCCGUAUACCUGGUAGUUAUGUAUGGAGACCUGACAUUGUCCUAUAUAACAGGUAGGUUGGACUGGUAUUUGGUUAAUCAUGUAGUUAUUUUCCCAGUUUGCUUUUUGUUGAUCAGUAUAGAAGACACAAGAUGAACGUUCUUAAGAGACAUUCUUCAGAGGAAUGUUCAGGCCUUUGUCUGCUUGUUGUAAACCUGUGAUACAGCCUUUAAUUUGCUAUCAAUACUUAUCAAUACUGAAAAGUUACAAAAAGCAGACACAACACUGAGGAAUGAGUGCAGCUCUUAAAUGCGUAGACUCCUUCUCUGGUUGGUUUUCUUGUGCCUUCGUAUCCUGAUCAACUUUAUUUUAAGUCACUCUCCUUUCACUCCAGCUCAUCUAGGUGUCUGUGUUUCUUUUGGGAUGUAAAUCUAUCCAGCUGAGUUCCUCCUCUAGAUCACCUCUCUUUUUUAUUCCAGUGCCGAUGACCAUUUCACAGGCCCCAUGGAUACCAAUGUGGUGAUCCGACACAAUGGCGAGACGACGUGGGAUUCUCCAGCUAUCACGAAGAGCUCCUGCAAAGUAGACGUGUCUUUCUUCCCCUUUGACGCACAGCAGUGCAGGUUCACGUACGGCUCCUGGACCUACAAUGGGAAUCAGCUGGACAUCUUGAACGCCCAGGACAGCGCCGACCUGGCCGACCUGGUGGAAAACGUAGAGUGGGAGGUGAUGGGUAUGCCGGCGAAGAAGAACGUGAUACAGUACGGCUGCUGCGCUGACCCUUACCCUGAUGUGACCUACACUUUAAACCUGAAGAGAAGAGCUUCCUUCUAUGUCUUCAACCUGCUCAUACCGUGUGUGAUGAUCUCUUUUCUGGCUCCUCUUGGCUUUUAUCUGCCUGCUGACUCUGGAGAAAAGGUGUCUUUGGGUGUCACUGUGAUGCUGGCACUCACCGUCUUUCAGCUGCUGGUCGCAGAGAUCAUGCCGCCAUCUGAGAAUGUGCCGCUUAUUGGUAAGAGAAUAUGCCAACCUGUGGACAUCCUUUAGAUCCAAAUCUCCUCUGUGUUGAUUGGCCUGCAGUCUGUUACCAUCCACUUUUUAAGUUUAGGUACAUUCAAACACACAGAGGUGUCAUCACCAGUUAUCUUAGACCUUAAUUCCAUUUCAAUCAGCACACAAACACUGUCUAUCUGUCCCAGUGGCGGCUGCUGGUCUUUCAAGGAGGGGAAGCUCAUUUUUAUAACAUCAUAAUCGUGUUUGUUUUCUUAGUAUGUAACAGAACAGAGUCGCCAAACACAACAGCAGUCGUUUUUAACAAAGACAAAAGUCGCUGAGGAUCGGUAAAGUCUCCAGGGAAGUUAAGAAAAACGGAAUGAAUAACUUGGAAAAUGCUCUGGUAGAUGUUUUAUUCUUCAAGAUCGCUGAUUCGCUUGUUUAGCUGUCAAUCAAAAAAGGAUUUCGCCUCAGACAGCUCAUCCAAUCAUGGAUGCAGAAGCUUGGAGUCCGGGAGCAGUCUGUUACCACCCUCUUGUCAUAGAACUCCAGAGACACUGAGCAUCCGAGGUGUCAUCACCAGUUAUCUUAAACCUUAAUUCCAUUUCAAUCAGCACACAAACACUGUUUAUCUGUCUAUGAAGCUAGCAUUAGGGCUAUUAUAUGACCUACAAAAGCAAAUGAGACCAUCAACAAUAGAGCCUCUAAACAAUGACGGUUCAUGUCUAAUAAAGCAGUCAAUGGCGUGCACAUCAGACUAUCCUUUGUUUACAUAAUCUUCAGUUAAUUUUUGCCAUGAUGAGGAAUCGAUACAGCUUGGGUUAUCGGCCUGAACCAGUCAUCAUGAACCAUUAAUAAAUAACUUGUAGUUUAAAUCCCAACUUUUGUGUUUUAGCUGUCUUUGUCCACAUCUUUAUCUCUUUUGUCGUAAACAGGGAAGUACUACAUUGCGACCAUGACCAUGAUCACAGCCUCUACCGCUCUGACCAUCUUCAUCAUGAACAUCCACCACUGUGGCCCGGAUGCCAAACCUGUUCCCAAGUGGGCCAAGACGUUCAUCCUGCAGCACAUGGCCAGAAUGUGUUUCGUCUAUGAAGUCGGGGAGAACUGCAUGUCACCACAGCCAGAAAAACAGGAGCCCCCACCCGUGAGGAACAACAAAUGCACCAUGAACGGGCAGGUCGGAGCCGGCAGAGAAGACUGUGUCUUCAAAAUGGAGAGAGGACAAGAGACGCAAGAGGAGAAGGAAGACAAAGAUCAGAUGAUGAGUCCGCUGGGCUCGAUAGGGAGGAACCCGACUAACAACUACAGCAGUUGGAAGAGCGGCGUCUACAUGAGCAUGGACUGCGGAGAGUCGGAGGCUCAGAGGAGAUGCAGGAGAGGUGGAGUGAGUGACAGCGAGAAAAAAGAAAGAGAGGUUUCAUGUCAUGAAAGGCAGCUGCUGAGAAACAUUGAGUACAUAGCGAACUGUUACCGAGACCAGAGGGCCACACAGAAACGGACGGGAGAGUGGAAGAAAGUAGCAAAAGUGUUAGAUCGAUUCUUCAUGUGGAUAUUUUUCAUUAUGGUGUUUUUCAUGAGCCUUCUUAUUAUGGGAAAAGUCAUCUGAAGAAGUAGUUCAUGACAGUGUUAUUAUGUGUAUCUAAAACGGAUCAUUACAGGAGUCUUUUUAAAUCAAACCAUCCAAUUAACACUCAGGUUAAAAUUUAUUUAAAACCUCUUAGAAAUGGUCCUUUAUGGCAAUAGAGUUGAUUAUAUUAUAGUCCUUACUGAAAGUAGAAGUAGGUCUUCUGGUUUAUUGUUUUCUUCUAUUAAAAAGUUGAAAAUUCAUGGCCCCAACUGUUGUCAGUGAAUGCUCUAUCUCAUAUGAACCUGGUAGUCCAUUUUCAGGUAAUGCAUUUAUUUAUUUGAAGCAAUAAAAUGAUGAACCCAGUA